AUGAACGAAUAUAACUUCAUACUUGAUGCAUCGUGUUUCGAAAAAGGACUGGGUAUCAUUAAAAGAUGGCUCAAAGAGUGCCCAGGAAAGGUUAAGUUAAGAUUAUAUAUUCCCACAUACACUUUGAAUGAGCUAGACUUUCUCAAAUUCAAAAAAAAAUCAUAUACUGCCAAGGAAUCGUUGAAGUUUAUUGAUAUCGUCAGCACAGACAAUGACAGUAGUUUUGGUCCUGAAUUUAUAAUUGAGUUUCCAGAAAUUUUAGAAUUGGUGACAUGGUCUGAGGUUCUAGAGUUUGUCAAUGAUGCAUCCAAAAAAGACACAUUGAAUAAACUGCCCGGUCGAAUCAAGGGCUUGAUGAAGAGCUGCCUUUAUAAAUGUCAGUUUGAUGAUGGCUCUGACGGGCUGAAAUGGAUUUUCAUUUCUGAGGACCCAUUAGUACGUGACAUGGCUGAUAUUUGUCGCGUUCCAUGUUGUUCUAUUGUCGAUGCAGAUUCGAUUCUUGAUAAGGACAUGAACACUACAGCGUAUCAAGAAAAUCAAAAAUUCAAUAACUUGGUGUCCCAGAAUGGUAUCAAGGAAGAAACCUCGACGAGAGGCAAAAAAACAGUAACUACAAAAUUCGAAAAUACGCUGUACGCUCCAAGGGGCUCCGGCAAACUGUGGACCCCAUAA